GAGAGCUGCUGCAGAAAGUGGCAGCGAGGAAGAAGGUUCCUGCGGGACGCCGGACGGAAGGCGGCGGGACGGGGCUUCUCGGGAGCAAAGGAAGAUUUGCUUUUACCUUUUGGAAUGAUGUCCACAAUGAAGUUAGUAUUGACACUUCUAUUUUCUGGAAUUAUAACUAGCUGCAGAGGAAAUUCUACAUAUUAUUUGAUGCCCAGAUUACUCUUGGUAUCCUUUGAUGGCUUCAGAGCUGACUAUCUAAAGAAGUAUGAACUUCCUCAUCUUCGUAGUUUUAUCGAAGAAGGUGUCUUGGUGGAGCAUGUUAAGAACGUUUUUAUCACAAAAACUUUUCCAAAUCACUACAGCAUAGUGACAGGCCUGUAUGAAGAAAACCAUGGCAUUGUGGCUAACUCAAUGUAUGAUAAAGACACACACAAAAAUUUUUCAGAAUCUAAAGACAAAGAUCCUUUUUGGUGGAACGAAGCAACUCCCAUUUGGGUAACCAAUGAACUUGAGGAAAACAGAACAAGUGCAGCUGCUAUGUGGCCUGGUACUGAUGUGGCUAUCCACAAUACAACUCCUUUCUAUUUUAUGAAUUAUAGUCCUUCGGUAACAUUUGAUGAGAGAUUAGGCAAUAUUACCAAAUGGCUGAACAGUUCAGAUCCUUUGGUUACCUUUGCAACACUCUAUUGGGAAGAACCAGAUGCAAGUGGACACAAAUAUGGACCUGAAGAUAAAGAGCACAUGAGUACUGUAUUGAAAGAAGUAGACAACCACAUUGGCCACCUUAUCCAUAAACUCAAGACAUUGGGAUUGUGGGAAAGCCUUAAUGUGAUCAUUACAAGUGAUCAUGGGAUGACUCAAUGUUCUAAGGAUAAAUUGAUAAAAUUGGAUGCCUGCAUUGACCGCUCAAACUACACUAUAAUAGACACAACUCCAGUUGCUGCAAUACUGCCUAAAGAAAAUCAAACCUAUGUUUUUAAAAAGCUAGAACAUUGCAGUUCUCACAUGAAAGCCUAUCUUAAAGAUGAUAUUCCUGGAAGAUUUCAUUAUCAGCACAAUGAACGAAUUCAGCCAGUUCUUUUGGUUGCUGAUGAGGGCUGGACAAUUGUGCUUAAUGAAUCAUUUAAAUUAGGUGACCAUGGUUAUGAUAAUGCUUUGCCAAGCAUGCAUCCAUUCCUGGCUGCUCAUGGCCCUGCCUUUCACAAAGGCUACAAGCACAACACAAUUAACAUUGUAGAUAUUUAUCCUAUGAUGUGUCACAUCUUGGGAUUAAAACCACAUCCAAACAAUGGAACCUUUAGUAACACUAAGUGUUUAUUAGCUGAUCAGUGGUGCAUAAAUCUCCCAGAAGCUAUCGGAAUAGUGAUUGGUGCCCUUCUGGUGUUAACUACUCUGACCUGCCUCAUCGUUAUCAUGAAAAACAAACUGACUGUUCCACGGCCAUUUUCUCGACUUCAACUACAAGAAGAAGAUGAUGAUGAUCCUUUGAUUGGAUAAUCUGUGAAAAAUUUUGACUUUGUGUCUUGAAGCAGUCAUUUGAGUUAGUCAUCAAAUAUAAGAGAAUUAUGCUGUAUGGUAUAUCAGCAAAAGGUACCCUUUGAAAGAAUUACAAAGGAGUUAGACCAAACAUGUUAACAGUUGUUUUUAUACAUCUUUCGGUGUGUUAGCAAAUAUAAACUAUUCUGACUGACAAUAGAUAAGUUCACUAGACAAGCCAAAAAGUGAUCUUUUGCUAACUAGAAGUCUGUUGUGCAGAAUUAUUUUUGCCACUUUUUAUUUUUGCAACAAUUGCACCUCCAAAUACCAAAACUUAGCAAUUAUCUGUCUAUAGUGAAUUUUUAUAUUUGUAAAUGAAACAAAAUUUUCAUGCAGUUCUUGCACAUUCAUGUAUCAGGGAGAAAAAAGUUUCUAUAUUUUUGUAUUAGCCUUUAAUAAGACCCUUGCCCUUAAGUAAUAUAUAAUAUAUAUAUAUAUAUAUAUAUACACAUAUACAUAUAUAUACACACAUAUGUAUAUAUAUUUAUGAUGAAUUUCUGUCCUUGAUGUAGAGUUAAAAAAUAGGAAAGCAGAGAUCCAAUUUAAGAAGUAAUGAUUUUUAGGAAAGUUCGAGUUAAAUUUUUGCUAGCCAAUGUGUGUUAGUCACCAAUUUUGAAAAAUGUUUCUUCUUUUAUUACUCUAAUCUGGUAGGGUUUUAUACAUACUUCUUGAAGAAUUAUACCCGAUUGGAAAUGCAGGAAGAAGUAUGACCGAUAUGUAUUUAUUUUAUGAAUGCCUUUUCUGCAUGAGUUGCAAUGUACUUAGUGUCUAUAUGACACUUGGGCUUCCUACCCUUCCCUCCCCCCCUUUUUUUCUUGAUGAGAGAACUAGACAACUUUAACAUUAGGUCUUUGAGUAAAUUUUAAAUACCUUUGUAGGCAUUUUAACCAUUUAGGAAGAUUUUAUUUUUGCAUUGAAACUUAGCCCAUCCUAGCUUUGUAACUCAUGAAUUAAAACUAUGCUUAUUUUUUUUAAUCACUGGUUUUGGUUACUAUUGUUAACUCAUGUUACUUAUUUUAACAUCUAAUGUUUUGUUACUAUCAAACAUGAAUUUUAGAUUUAAGAAGUUCUCUCUCCCCUUUAAAUAUUCUUGAUGACUCAGCUUUCUAGGAAGUUGCGGCACCAAGAUGAUGUCAUCUUUGAAGAAUAAAAAUUAUUUACACUGUGA